AUGAUCAGAAGCAGCACUACUAGUAGUACUAAUAAGGAAUCCCAAGCUAUGAAAGGUACCAACACUGCAUGUACUGAAAGGGGCUCUGAAGCUACCAACGAGGCGGCUCAGGCAGCUCAGGAGGAUGCCUUUGACGUUCUAGAUGUUGUGGCGGCGCGUAUCCGAGGAGACACCCAAGACGGGCUCUUUCUCGAAAAGUUGGAGGCCCGAAUAGUCAGGGAAAAGACUGCCUCGAUUGCUGGUGGUAGUAUUACUAAUACUGGUAGUACUGUUAUCAACACUGAGGAGGAUGAGCUCAAAGGCAAAGCUGGAUUGUCCUCCUCUUGUCAGAAGGAGGGAAAAGUCUUGAAAGAAGAUGCACAGCAGCCAAAAGAGCCGCCAAAGACCAAGACAAUGUCAUCUGACUUGACAUCAUGCUCUUCCAACGAUAAGAAAGAGUCGACUUCAGACAGUGCCAAUCAGCAGAUGAUGAUUGCGGAGAAUAACUGUCUGAUCCCGGGGGCAUAUGCGGUAGCACCCGGUGCCUUGGAGGAACGAGCCACGACCAUUUGUCGUUCCCUCGUGGGGGCUGCAUCCUCCUCGGAUGAGUUCUCCGUGGAAGCUAAUGAUACUGAAGAGGGUCUUAUCGAUCCAGAGCUCGGUCUUCCAUCCUCCACAAGAGCUCAGAGUACUGGUACUACUAUUAGUAUGACUGGUUUGUCUCUGCAAGAAGAAGAACUUCCAUCCCCUCCUCCCACCAACAUGGAGGAACAAACUUCCCGGUCUCUGCUUCCUCAAGAUGACACUGGUUCAAGUGAUAAUAACAGUGGCCUGGCUGUGGCAGACCUGGUAGAGGAAAUACAACCGGACCAGCUACCCCAAGCCCAAACUAUGGAUGCAGAGCAACAAAAAGGGUCACAUCCAAAGAGGAGGCAAAGAUCAAAGGAGAUCAAGACAAUUGCCUUUGUAGCUGUCAUUCUCCUCGUGGCGGCCUUGGUGGUCGUCAUUGCGAUCCUUGUUCCCACAAAGGACAACGAGACCAGUCCAUCCAGCCCACCAAUAACCUCCAGUCCUGUCGCUACCACAGCAGUCCCUACCACUGAUGUGCUUCCGUCCUUUCUUCUCGGCAACAACGAAACCCUGCAAGCACUCCAAGAUCCAGACUCUCCUCAAUCCCAAGCAUACACAUGGCUACUGGAACUCCACAACCAAAACAACUACUCCAAUGCACGUCUUCAGCAACGAUUUGCCCUGGCCACACUCUACUUUGCCACCGGUGGUCAAGCUUGGGGAGACAAUACUCACUGGCUCAACCACAGCGUCCACGAAUGUGACUGGUUCCAACAACCCAGUUUUGCACUCAAACAUGUCAUUGCCAUGUACGCCAGUGGAUAUCUGGCAGGGUUCUUGGAACCAACGGACAAUAGUACUACUACCAUCACACCCUGUGACAGUGAUGGAGUCUACCAACACUUGUGGCUCGAUCAAAACAACUUGGCAGGAUCACUACCCACAGAGCUCUACCUGUUGAGCUCCUUACAGACAUUGUCCAUGGGACGGAACUCUGCACUACAAGGAGUGCUCUUUUUCAUGAGGAAUCAACUGGAAGGCUCACUUCCGUCUGAACUCUGGCAGCUCACCAAUUUGGUGCACAUGGCAUUGUACGGCAAUCCACAGUUGGAAGGAACUGUGCCUACAGAGAUUGGGACCAUUUCCAACCUAAAGACGUUUGCAGUGGAUGAACUCAAUCUUUCUGGUACCAUCCCAAGUGAACUGGGAAAGCUGAAAGAGUUGUCAGUUCUGGUCUUCCAGAAGAACUCGUUCCAAAACACGCUGCCAACAGAGUUGGGACUCUUGACAUCACUGAUUGUGCUGCGAGGCCACAGCAAUCAAUUAUCCGGUCCACUUCCCAGUGAACUGGGGUUGCUCACAAACCUGCAACAGUCACUGAGCUUCCAGGACAACCGGCUGUCACAAACCAUCCCCACCGAGCUGGGGCUCUUGACCGGGCUGGAUCAACUAGUGCUCGAUGGAAACCAGUUUUCCGGUCAAAUCCCCGCCCAAUUUUGCGACCUUGCUGCGGUCAAGCUGUUGAGUCUUUCCAACAACUCCUUGUCGGGGAAUUUGCCGACGGAACUGUCCUCGCUGCAACCCCAUGCCCACACCAUUCGUGUGGAUGGGAAUCCGUUGCUAUCCGGGACGGUUCCCGAUGGUCUCUGUGCUCUGAAUGGCACAUGCAUCGGCACGGCGUGGAACCCCUGCAGCUCUCCAACGGGGUUUGUGUUUGAUUGCACCGACACACUGUGUGGCUGUGGUUGUGAUUGCACAAAUAUUAUUCGUAGCUAUAGUGGUGGUGGGAUGAAAUGA